UUCAAGCUUUAGAUACUAACGAAUAAGACGCUGGCAGUACAAGAGAAGAAUGCAGAGCAAAGAAUUAAAGAUUCCCAAUUUACUGAAUAAUCUUCUUGUUAAAUAAAGAUGGCUGCCGAAUGUUGUGUUCACCAUUCCACCCAAGCUCCUCUCCUGUAGUUUCUCUUCUCAGUUUUUGAAACCGAGCAAAACUUGUGCUAGAGACUAGAGAGGGAGAAGUGUGUGUGGCUGUGCAUAUUGUAUUUAGUUCUUGAAAAUUGAAAUGGAUUCAAAAGCAGAAAAACAAGCGCCAAGUGGGAAAACAGCUGGGAAGCCGAUUAGAUGCAGAGCUGCAGUGGCAAGGAAAGCUGGGGAGCCACUGGUGAUAGAGGAGGUGAUAGUGGCCCCACCAAAAUCUCAUGAAGUUCGCGUUAAGAUUAUCUGCACUUCUCUCUGCCACAGUGAUAUUUUCUUCUGGAAACUACAACAAUUCCCAGGAUGUUUUCCAAGAAUCUUGGGCCACGAAGCUUUUGGGAUUGUAGAGAGUGUAGGAGAAGAUGUUGAGGAUUUUAAGGAAGGCGAUUCAGUAGUUCCAAUAUUUUUGCCAGACUGCACAGAAUGCUUAGACUGCAAAUCCAAGAAAAGCAAUCUCUGCACGAAAUUUCCAUUUAGGGCCUCUCCUCUUCUGCAUAGAGAUGAAACAAGCCGAUUCACCGACCUCAAAGGAGAGGCUUUGCACCAUUUCCUGUUUGUAUCAAGUUUCAGCCAGUACACUGUUAUCGACAUUGCUAAUGUCACAAAGAUUGAUCCUAGCAUCCCCCCCAACCGGGCUUGCCUCCUAAGCUGUGGAGUGUCAACUGGCGUAGGCGCUGCAAUCAGAUCAGCGAAUGUGGAACCGGGAUCAACUGUUGCUAUCUUUGGUUUGGGAUCAAUCGGAUUAGCGGUUGCGGAGGGAGCCAGGCUUUGUGGUGCUGCAAGAAUUAUCGGUGUGGAUAUAAAUCCAGAUAAAUUUGAGAGAGGUAAAACAUUUGGGGUUUCCGACUUUGUCAAUUCUUUGACUAUUGGGGAUAAAUCAGUAAGCCAGGUGAUAUGUGAGAUGACUGGGGGCGGUGCAGACUAUUGCUUUGAAUGUGUCGGCCAGGCAACAUUGGUGCAAGAAGCAUACGCCAGCUGCCGGAAGGCUUGGGGCAAGACAGUGGUUUUAGGAGUUGAUCAGCCCGGAAAGCAGGUGAGCUUGAGCUCUUUCGAGGUUCUUCACAGUGGCAAAACCCUCACUGGAUCACUGUUUGGAGGUCUCAAGCCAAAAUCUGAUAUCCCCAUCCUUGCUAAGCGUUACACAGAUGGGGAACUACAACUAGAUAAAUUUGUGACUCAUGAAGUGGGUUUUGAAGACAUCAACAAAGCUUUUGACUUGCUUAUUCAAGGGAAAAGCUUAAGGUGUGUUAUUUGGAUGGAUAAGUGAUACUUUCUAUGGUAUCACUAUGUGUACUUAAUUCUAACAUCGCUCUUUAUAUGCAAUUGAUAUAUAUAUUGUGUAAGUAACCCAAAAUAAUACCUUUGUAUGGGGAAAGUCUAUGGUGGCUGUUGAUUGGCAUCAAUAUCUCUUGCAUCAGGUACACACCCAAAAAGCUUUGGGGAAGUUUUGAGUAUCAAAUUGUUUCCAUAGUACUUGAUACAAAGCUUUUGUGUAUCUCACUUCCUAUGCCUUUAUUUAAUUCCCUAAUCUUUAGCACAAUA